AUGCUCUCAACGACGAUGGUGAGGGAGACGAAGACCUACAAUGGACACAAGGUCGUCGGCGUAGUACAGCGCUCCACUGCGAAGACGGUACACUUCCUUCGUCAUGCUGAAGGAACGCACAACGAGGCGGCGCUCAAGGAGGGUCGAGCAGCCUUCUCCAAGAUUGAGCACCUCGACGCCAGGCUGACCGAUCUCGGCAAGGAGCAGUGCGCGACUUUGAAGGCGGCGAAUCACGGCAUCGAAAAGGAGGCGGAGCUGGUCGUUGUUUCUCCGCUUACCAGAGCGAUAGAGACCGCCAUGUUGGCCAUAGAUCAGGUAGAGGGAGUGCCAUGGGUGGCGCUGGAGUGCGUGAGGGAGAGAGCUGGGGUGCAACCUUGUGACCGCCGAAGAUGCGUGAGCGAGCUCAAGAUGGAGUACCCGAACAUCUCCUUCGAUGCCAUCACGGACGAUGACGACGCCUACUUCGAUUCCCAGGGUGAUGAGAGAGAGACGUACGACUCGAUGGCCCAUCGUGGGAGAGAGCUCUUCUCCUGGCUGAGGGAUAGGCCUGAGACCAACAUCGUCGUGGUAACCCACAGCGGUUUCCUGUUGAGCCUCUUCAAGAGGGUGAUGUUGUCGCCACCGGACACAGCCAAAGACUUCAAGAAUUGUGAGCUUCGGAGCGUACUACUGGACCUUUGAGAACAACUCGAUCGAUGUCCUCUUGUUAAGCGAUCGAUGUGGUUCGAGAUUUCCUAAGGAGCGGAUCAACGGGGAUGAG